AUGAUCGAUCUUGAAGUUAAACCAUCACAAAUAGAAGGUGCUGGCUCUGGUCUAUUCACACGAACGCCAAUUGCCAAAGGCUCAUGUGUGUGUAUCUAUAGAGGCAAAAUACUUCGUACAAUCGAAGCUAUACGUCUGAAAGAUAAAUCCUAUUUAAUGCGACUUGGUCCACAAGUUUAUGUUGACCCUUGUGAUGAUAAAACUGUACUCGGAAGAUAUAUAAAUGAUCCACGUAACCGUUUAUUACAAAAUGUUGUUUUUGAUAAACGCCCGGAAGAACAAUGUGCUCAUGUUAUUGCUAAACGAGAUAUAGCGACUGGUGAAGAAAUUUUUGCAGAUUAUGGACGAUGGUAUUGGUUAACAAAAACUCCUACUCGAUUAGAAAAAUUGCCUACAUGA